CGGUGUCAGGUAGUGAUGCAAUGUGUAAACAGGUUCUGCAGCCGUGGCAGCGGCUGAAGCGGGCGAGCUAGGUACCGCUGCCGUGGACUAGGAAGAGAAGCUCGGGAGUGCCUUUCCCCACACCCCGUGGAUGGAGCCUGCUGGUAGUGCCUAGCGUGGAUCUGGGAGAGUCGGGCGGAGAGAGUGUAACCGCCCUCAUCCUCAUCUCCGGGGAGCUCGGUCUGGCGUCUGUGCCCGGUGUACCUCAGAUGCUCACACACGUGUGUGUGUGGUGGGAGUUGGGAGCGAAUCUGAUAGUCGGCUGUGAACCGUUUCUGGUCUUAUCUCAUUCAUCUAUUCCCUCUAGAGCAGAUCUUCUCUUCUCUAGGGAAACCAGAAGGGAAACAGCUAUGGCCAAGGACAUCCUGGGUGAAGCAGGGCUGCACUUUGAUGAGCUGAACAAGCUGCGGGUAUUGGACCCAGAGGUUACCCAGCAGACUACAGAGCUCAAGGAAGAGUGCAAGGACUUUGUGGACAAAAUUGGCCAAUUUCAGAAAAUAGUUGGUGGUUUAAUUGAGCUUGUUGACCAACUUGCAAAAGAAGCAGAAAAUGAGAAGAUGAAGGCCAUUGGUGCUCGGAACUUGCUCAAAUCUAUAGCAAAGCAGAGGGAAGCCCAACAGCAGCAACUCCAAGCACUAAUAGCAGAAAAGAAAAUGCAGCUCGAAAGGUAUCGGGUUGAAUAUGAAGCUUUGUGUAAAGUAGAAGCAGAACAAAAUGAAUUUAUUGACCAAUUUAUUUUUCAGAAAUGAACUGAAAAUUUCAUUUUGUAGGAGGGCAAAAAAGAAAAAAAAACUUCUGUACCAUUCCAGUGACUUUGAUCAAUGACCCAAGUAUGUCAUGUGAGAUGGUGUAUAAGAAAUGCAGCAUCUCUGAAGGCAAUAAAACAAAUCUGGGGGUUUGUUUCAAAUGUCAGUGCACAUCUGGUAAACACCCAGUGACCUCAGUAGCCGAGGUUCUCCCCUCUUGCAAAUUAGUCUAACCUGAGCAGUCUGUAAACUUUGAUCCUUUAUUAUUAUUAUUUUUUGUAAAUUUACCAAGCUUUGGAAGAAAAAGCAAUAAAUUAUUGUUUUCAAAUGG